AACAAAAGUAAAGCUCUUAAAAUGCAUGCAUUAUAAAUAAGAGAAAAUAAUGGGAUUAAUGGAAAGUAUGUUUAUUAGACGGUUUGCAGUGAUUAUGAUUUUUACGAUGAUUACACAAUGUAAAGGAACGGUGCUUCUGACAACUGACAAACAGUAUGCGACUUUGUAUGGACAAAUAACACUUACGUGCAGUGUUGAUAUGGACGGUGCUAACGACGUUAACUUCAAAAGAGGCAGCUCUAAGCUCUUUCAACUUGGCUCAUGUGAUAUAUUUGAAUGCCAAACCGUAAACACGACAAAAUACAGAAUAUUAAAGAAUACCCAGACAAAGAAGUUUGACUUGGUUAACUUAACGAUCAAUGACUUCAGAGAAACUGACAGCGACAACUAUCACUGUGAAGUGGUGAACAAUGGAGACUCUGGAUCCAUUUUUUUAACUUACACAGUUGAACUAUCAUCGUUAGCAUUAGAACCUAGCACGGAUCCCAUAUCCGUCAUUGAAAACCUUAACCAGCCAUUCAUGUGCGUUACUUCUGUCAGCCGUCCAGAAGCUGUCGUGAAGUGGUACUUAGAUGAUGAACAAUUAACUUCCGGAAUAGUCACAGUCACUUCACAAGAUUCAACAACAAGUACUCUCGUAUACACACCCGAACAGCAACACCAGGGCAGGAAAAUCAGUUGCUGGGGAAGUAAUGGUGGACAGGAACUGAUUUCUACAAACAUGCCAACACUUAACAUUCUAUAUGGACCAAGUGUUCCAACGUGUACCUACGAAGGAUCAGUUGUGCCAUCUUUGAUUAAAGUAAGGGAAGGACUGGAGGUUCGACUUAACUGCAGCAGUGACGGAAACCCGACACCAACAUUUUCAUGGUCACAUCCUGGAGAGAGUCCCCAAAGUCCUCUUGUUUUGAGUAACGUUCGACGCACACAUAGCGGAGUCUUCAACAUGACCGCAAGCAGCUAUAUAGUCCCUUCAUAUCAACAUACUGUGAACUCGUCUAAUUCCGUCAUAACAACUGUCGAAGUAUUAUAUCCACCAGAUCAUCCGAGCUGCCGCGUUGGAUCAGCAAAUAUCACAGCGAGUAGCAUAAAUGCUAUAAGAGGAAUGACUAUUUCUAUGAAUUGUUCCUGCGAUAGCAAUCCUGCGUCCAGCUACUCGUGGUCUAUGACUGGGUUUUCUUCGCCAACAACAGGACAGAAUCUUGAGGUGCCUGUUCAGAACACGACUACGGUUACAUUGACCAUUAGCAACACUAUGCAGUUUUCAAGCGGAAAUACGGAACAAGGGAGGCGGGAAAUUUCGUUCGUAGUCAAUGUUCUUUUUCCUCCUGUGGUACAUCCGCUGACGAACGUAGUUGCACUCGAACGAGGCACUAUUACUGUGGCUUGUGAAGUAACUGCCGGUAUCCCAAGCAACACUGAGUUUAAAUGGGAGAGAAUGUCUGAUAUGACCCCGGUCUCCAUGGAACAGACACUUGUCAUCGCAAACAUAGCUCGAACACAGAGUGGUCACUACAGAUGUACAGCCUCCAACGUCAUGGAACCUACAGGAAGUGCAGCAACCGUCGGAAACAGCACCAAAACAGUCUACAUCGAUGUGCAAUAUGAGGCCAAAGUGACUUCAUUUACAUUACCAAAUGUUGCUCGUGGACAAAACUUUGAAGUAAAUGAAAACACAAUAAUAAUAUUUUAUUACCAAGCUGAAAGUAAUCCGUUGCCAAAUAUAACGUUGUCUAAACAAAAUCAAUAUUUGAAGACAGCGAGUAACUCAAACGAUUUGGAAAUCACGAUCACCAAAAGUGUAUGUGAGGACGAAGGCACGUACCAGUGUAUAGCACGAAAUACACACAAUACUGAAGAUGAUAUCAGAUCCUUGAGACUAUUUGUUAGAUGUGCUCCUCGUGCAUCGUCAAUGGUCCAAAGAAUCCAGAACGUCACAAGCGCUACAGGAGUGCCUGCCGUAUUAGUGCUUACGCUAGUAGCCUUUCCACGACCAAGUGUUAAGGACUUUGUGUGGGAAAAGGAAGUUUUAGAAUCUGAUACGUGGCAUGUCGUUUCUAAUGACACAAACAUCGACAUUAUUAUUUCUUCAGACGGACUUCAAACUAAAUUAUUCUUCACUUCUGUAGAGAAAGAAUAUUUCGGGCUUUACCGCGUACACGUGAACAACGAGCUUGGGAAUUAUACUGAAACGUUUAGACUGCAGUCGCAAGAGCACCCACAUACUCCUUCAAGUCUGCAACACUUUCAAAAAGCCACAGUUGACAAUGUAUACAUUGAAUGGACACCCGAGUUUGAUGGAGGUUUGCCUCAAACGUUUCAAGUAGAGUACAGGGCUGUUGGAUCUUCUGUCUGGAGGAAUGAAGCUGUGAUCGCUGGACACAUUAACCACACCAUUGUUGGAUUAAGUCCAAAUACAAAGUACGAAAUAAGAGUAUAUUCAACAAAUGGCAUUGGAAGAUCAAAAUCAUCAGAUGCAAUUACAGUUACCACAUCGAAAGGGGUUGGAAUGGAAGACAUAACUCCAAAUAAUGCUGCUGUUAUUGGUGGUGUAGUUGGUGGAAGUCUCGGGAUAGUUGUGGCUGUACUCGUCUUAGUGUGCAUUCUGAGACGAAAGUACACAUUGAAGUGUUCCUUUACCAUGUCUCUGUCGAAGAAAGAAGAUGUAUAUUUAGAUCAAGAUAGCAAUGGUGUUGACAACCCGGGAAAUAACGCCGCCGUAGAGUAUGAAGUUGUAUCAUCGACAAAAGAGACGUCCGUCUACGAUGCGUUAAGUGUUGAAAACGAUAGACCCGAGAAUCCGCAUGUGUACAUGCCGUUGGAGGAGUCCAAUCCAAAGUCACAUGCUUAUUACGGGAAUGUUAAGAGAGGGGAUCCCGUUUACAAAAGUACCGUGCAAAAAGACCCAGUGCAGACAGUGCUUUAAAUGUUAAAACAAAACCCCGAGUUCGUAGGAAAUAUUUAAUUAUUCAGUCAGCAUCAUCUGUAAGGUAUCUCGACGCAACAAGAGUAUGACAACCUCUGCUAUUAUGCAAACGCUAAAAUAGAAUCGAUCUACAGAAAAAGCAUGCAUUUGUCAAGUCAUACCACGAACCUACUUUCAACAGCGCGUCAACAGUGCCACUACGAGUAUACCUUCUCAUUUUGGUAACAUAGUUUGACCAACAAAUUAAAAGAUAAACUUCAAAUAACGAAGAAUAAAUUUACUGGUAUUAGAUAUGUCUUUUAUCUAAAACUCAAAGCUCAUAUUGAUAAUGACCUAAUUGCUCUUUUCAUUUUCUGUUUAAGGGUUCAUGUUUUUGUUGUGUCUUAGUUCUAACAUUAUUUGGAUAAGAUGUUUACCAAUAUUUGUAUUUGAAGCAGAAAAUUGUAUUUUUUUUAUCAAAUAACAUGAGAUGUAAACAUGUUUAACAGUCUGCACUAUUGUGACCAAAAUGGAAAUAAGACGUUGAGGCUUUUUUGUGUUAUUCUCCGUUAAUGUGUGUUUGUGUGUGUGUGUGUGUGUGUGUGCGUGUGUGUGUGUGCGUGUGUGUGUGUGUGUGUGAUAUGGUCCAUUUUUGAUAUGAUCUUCUGAUAUAUCCGUUAUACAAAUUGAUAAUAUUUUAAAUUGAGAUACCAUGUGUUGCAUAUUUGUUAUGUUAUGCUUAUUCAUAGCUAUGAAAUUCUUUACCAUGUUAGUAGAUAUGCUCUAUCUACCGAGGUUAAUUAAAGUAUACAUUUGUUGUAACUUGUUUUAAUUUAAAAGAUAUUUCUGCUAAACAAUGUUUAAAUUGUGAUGCAUGAAAUGAAAAAAAAUCUUAACAGUAAUAGGACGGUUAUUACCUAAAAUGACCCUUGAAAUACUCAGCCUUAAAAUAUGUUAAUACGUAAACCUCUUCCUAGUUGAUAUAUUCGUUUUAAAAUUAAAUUAGAAUUAAACUAUUGUAAGGAAAAGGGAUGUUCUGUCAAUACAUGUAUAGUAUGCGGUAUAUUUUGUAUGCUAUUGCAAUACACUAGUGCCUA